AUGUUACAGCGGCACGAUCUCGCUUGUCAGACAUUCAAGCAGCAAUACAUCCUCAACGCGACGUACUUCAAGGAAGGAGGUCCCAUCCUCUUCUACCAGAGCAACGAGGCGACAACCAUCACAUGCCCCGACACCCUCAUUCUCGCGGACUGGGCGAAGGAGAUCGGCGGUCUGACUGCUACGCUCGAGCAUCGGUAUUUCGGCCAGAGCCUUCCCUUCGGGAAUGACUCGUACACACAAGAGAACUUCAAGUACCUCACGCUGGAGAACGUCAUGCAGGAUGCCGUCAACUUUAUUGACUUCAUCAAGAGCAAUGUAACGGGCGCCUCAAACUCCAAGGCAAUCGUGGUAGGACGCUCUUACGGCGGUACCUUGUCCGCGAUCUUCCGCCAGAACUACCCGGACGUAUUUUACGGUGCUUGGGCUGUUUCUGGGCCGUUCUAUGCCUUCGGCGAUUCAACAGAGAUCGGACAGGAAGUUCAGCAAACCUAUCUGCGGCAAUCAUACACUGCCUUCAGUCGUAUCAAGCAGGCCUUCAGCAAUGUCAAGUCCCUCGUCGCCUCUGGCGACGAACCCACGCUCGCCAAGGAGCUCUCCCUCUGCCAGGCCCCCAACGUCACCGACGUCGCGGGCGCGGUCACCUUCAACUAUUGGCUCGUCGGGGCGUACGACAUCCUCACCCAGUUCUCCUUCAUGCCCUCGUACUUCCACAACGUCUCCGGGCCUGUCCUCCCCGUUGUCAUCAACGACACGCUCUCCGCGCCCUCGCCCCUCGCCGCGCUCAACCAGACGCUCUGGCACGCAUACGGCGGCGACGCGGUCGCGGUCCCCAGCGGCAAGCCGUGCCUGGACCACACCAUCGCGCUGCCGAGCAGCAUCAACAUCGCCGCGGUCCCCUUCUCCUGGGUGCGCUGCAACUGGGUCCCGCUGAACAACGCGCUCGACCCCCGCGGGAUCUGGCAGAUCGGCGCGCCUCUCCCCCCGAGCGCGAGCGACCCCUCCGCGGGGUGCACGGCGCUGUGGAACGUCACCACCCCGCCGGGCGCGGCGAUCAAGGCGAAGUACAGGAUCGCGGACGCGGACCUGCGCGCCUCGACGCGCGUCAUCUUCUCGGUGGGCGAGCUCGACCCGACGACGUCCGUCGCGCAGAACGGGCUGGGCGACGCGGUCGGCACGGACCCACACCAGGCGGUGAGGGUGUUCGUCGCAGGGGGCGGGCACGGCCAGGACCUGGAGCAGUAUGAUCCUGGAGCGGACUGGCAGUCGGUUGUUGACGCACGCAACAUCGAGCUGAACGUCAUCAAGGGUUGGCUGAACGGGACUGCGGCUGCUUCCACUGCUUUGCCGUCGUCCAGCAGCGCGGGUGCUGGCUCGUCUGCCACUGCUCGCGCUCCCUCGGCAUGA